UUCAUUGAUUUCCCCCAGCAGCCGUCGUUGACAACGGAGCAACGUGCUCACGCCAAACGCAGGUUUUAUCAAAUUGUCAAUCACUUCGAUAGCAGCAAUAGUGGUGAAGUUAAAUACAAUCGUUCAUUGCUUAUUCGCUACACCUACGAAUACGCGCUCUCCGAAGAGUCUCGAGACAUCUUUCUGCAAGCCUUCUUCCAGUCCAUGGCACUAUCAAUAGAUGAGGCAGAGGAUGUACCUAUAGAUUUCAGCGAUAAGGAGAUGGCAGAGGGACUCGGUUCAGCCUUUUCUAGCUUCUCCGAUUAUCUCUUAGAUGGCUUUUUCUUGCCAUCAUGUGCUAAAAAGACUCUUCAGCCUUCACCGACCUUCUUGUCUGCUACUCUGGAUGCUCAGGGUGGCGAGCCGCUCUUCCUUGGCACAAUAGACCGUGUUGCAUCUCUUCGAGGACAAUGUCUGAUACGAGACCGCCAUCGCUGCAUAGUAUCACGCAAGUUUGAUUCGAAUGAAGCCGUCUUGAGAGGUAGAAGGGAUGGCGAUGACGCUCGAGACGAUGAUGGAAACGCGUUUCCACCUGGUCUUGAUCAAUAUGAACAGCUAGAGGUGGCUCAUAUUCUUCCCCGUUCUCUAACUGAGACUGACCAGAGUUCCUCUGAAUUGCCGCAUACCUAUCAGAUCGACUCCUUUCUUCCGCGUUUCAUGACACAGCACGGCUUUCCUGUUACUCGCACACUAUACAGCACGGAAAGCCGCACAAUCGAGCCGCCCUCUCCCCGACUAUUUGCGGUUCAUCGUGCUAUUGCUCAUGUACUUCACCUCUCUGCGGCUGGGGAAUAUAUUGACAAAUUGCUCAGAGAAUUUGAAGAAAAGGGCGUUCAACAGGAUGGAUCUACAGAGCUCGACCGUUUUGUAAAGCUCCGGUUAGGAGGAUGGUAUGAUGGCACUGUA